UAACUUUGGAACUCAAUUGAUCUCAGAUUCAUCAUCCGAUCUGGUUCUGCCAAAUUUUUAAUCAAAUUUGGAAAGAUCCCCAAAUGGGUUGUACUGUUAGGGAAAAGCACAUCAGGACUAGCAGGAAGAAUCGACCGGUAAAACUCGAAUCCAAUCACUCCACAAGCACCACCACUAUGAAUAAUAAUGAGGAAACAUUGACAAAUCCGAGAUCUUCUAUUAAACCUAAGAAUUACCCUAUGAUGCUUAAUUCUUCAACCCAAGACUCGUGUUCGGCGUCAAACCCCAACCAGAAUUCUGGUUUUGAUGACAGCGGGUGGGGGUACUGCACGGAAGAAGAAUUGGAGGAAAUCUUGCUACAAAAUUUGGAGUAUUUGUAUAAUGAGGCGUUAAAUAAGCUUGUUGUGUUGGGUUAUGACGAAGAUGUAGCUUUAAAGGCUAUUUUGAGGUAUGGGCAUUGUUAUGGUGGGAAUGAUGUGCUGACUAAUGUAUUACAGAACUCUUUGGCCUAUUUGAGUAGUGGCUGUAGUGUCCCAAACCCGGAGGAGCUUGAGCCUGCAUGCAAAGACUUGAGGCAGCUGGAAGAGUAUUCGCUUGCAGGAAUGGUGUGUUUGUUGCAACAAGUCAAACCCCAUUUGAGUAAGGGUGAUGCUAUGUGGUGUUUGUUGAUGAGUAAUCUUCAUGUCGGUCGUGCUAGCGUGAUGGAAAUCCCGCUUUUACCCUCACCUGGUAAUAAUGGUAAUGGAUGCGAGAGUAGCUCAGCGAGUGGUAAUGGGAGUGUGGAGGAUGGCGUUAGUAACGGAGGAACUGGUAUGGUUGCCCCAGCAUUGUGUCAGUUUCAUGGUGGUUGGGGUUUUGGGAACAAUGGGAUGGCUGAGUUCCCGAUGAAUGGAGUGAACGGUUUUUUGUCUUACACGGCAGAUAUGGUUCCACAGAGGGAGAUAGAGUGUCCAAAGAGGUUUAACCUCAGUCCAUCAAUGAAGAGUUUAUUGAAGAGGAAUGUUGCAAUGUUUGCUGCAGGGUUUAGGGCAAACUCAAAGCAAUUUAACAGUCAAGUGCAGCCUUGUCCGAGUUCUUUGUCUGGUGAGGAGUCAUCAAGUGGAUGUGGAACAGGAUUUGAGGUUGAGGCUAUGCACAGUGAGGAGUCUCAAUAUGCAAAGAACCAAGAUGUUGUAAACUCAGUGAUGAGUAAGUUUCGGGACUUGAACCUUAAUGAGAAAACAGAAAAUGUCUCGUUGGAUCAGAAAGAUGAGAUGAUUUUAAGCUUGAUCAAUCAGAUAAAGGAGUUAGAGAAACAAGUGAAAGAACGGAAAGAGUGGGCUCACCAGAAGGCAAUGCAAGCUGCAAGAAAGCUCAGUCAUGAUUUGACUGAACUCAAGAUGCUAAGGAUGGAGAGAGAGGAGAACCAACGGAUGAAAAAGGGGAAACAGACCCUUGAAGACUCUACCAUGAAGAGGCUGUCUGAAAUGGAGAAUGCUCUGAGAAAGGCAAGUGGCCAAGUGGACCGUGCAAAUGCUGCUGUUAGGAAGCUUGAGACUGAGAAUGCUGAAAUUAGAGCAGAGAUGGAGGCCUCUAAACUAAGUGCAUCUGAAUCAGUCAUAACCUGUUUAGAAGUAGCAAAAAGGGAGAAAAAGUGCCUCAAGAGGCUUUUGGCUUGGGAGAAACAGAAAACAAAACUUCAGGAGGAUAUUGCUGCAGAGAAAACGAAGAUCUCAGAGUUGCAGCAGGAGUUGGCUCAGUCCGAUGCGGAUACAAAAGAAGCUGAGGCAAAGUGGAGGCAGGAGCAGAAGAGUAAAGAGCUAGCUUUUGCACAGCUGGAGGAGGAGCGACACCUCAAAGAAGCAGCUGAGUCUAGCAACAAAAGGAAGCUCGAGGCUCUCCGUUUGAAGAUAGAGAUCGACUUCCAGCGCCACAAGGAUGAUCUGCACCGUCUCGAGCAAGAAUUUGCACGCCUUAAAGAGUCAGCACCAUCUACAGAGGUGCAAAAUCCAUCUGCUCGUUUGUUGACAGCAAACUCCGAUGGCAUGAAGCCCGAAGGAGAAACCAUUGCAAGUCUGCUGCAUGAGUUGGAUUUGGAGGAUUCUCCAGAGGAGGUUAGCUAUGACAGGGAAUGCAUAAUUUGCAUGAAGGACGAAGUUUCUGUCGUUUUUCUUCCCUGUGCUCAUCAAGUCAUUUGCGCAAACUGCAAUGAAAAAUAUGGGAAGAAAGGAAAAGCUACAUGUCCUUGCUGUAGGGUUCCAAUUGAACAGAGAAUCCGAGUUUUUGGUUCAAGCUCUUAGCAUAGAGCUGGAAUUGCAUAUGGCAUUCCGAGGCUUUACUUUUCUCCUAUAUACUUUACAGGACAUUUCUCUUAAUUGUUUUACCUGUGUUGAAUAUGCUGUGGUUUAUCGGCAUAACAGAUUUGUAAGUAAAUAAAGCGGAAAACUUGUUUUAGGCUUGUGCAUUUGCUCCAUAUUCGAAUGCUUUGUAUAAAGAUGCUUAUGUGAGUGAAUUGCUGGAGUUUGAUUCUGAUAUUAA